AUGGCGCCCCACUCUCCUGCGCCCUCGUCUUCUCACCCCCUUGCCGUCCUCCCCCUCGCGCUCUUCCUCGUCUUCGCCUGCACCCUCCAGUGCGCCUCCGCGCAGCCCGUCGCCAGCUCUCAGCUGACCGCGCUGACCGCGAUAGCGGCGGCGUGGCGCAACCUGACGGCGCUGAACCAGACGUGGGUGGCGGGGAAGGACUGCAGCACGUGGUUCGGUCUCUCGUGCAACGCCAUGGGCCAGGUCACCAGCUUGGUGAUCUCGGGGCAGCGCAGCCUGGGCGGGCAAUCCAUCCCCGCGGCCGUCACGCAGCUACAGGCGCUGCAGACACUCGCGUUGGAUCACAACCUGCUCACGGGGCCCAUCCCCGACGACAUCUCCUUCCUCACCGCGCUCACCAACGUGUCGCUGAGUGGCAAUCAGCUCAACGGCUCCAUCCCCGCGGGCAUCAGUCGCCUCAGCAACCUCCGAUUCCUGGACCUCACGUCCAACGCGCUCACAGGCUCUGUGCCCAACGUCUUCGGUGGCUUGACCAACCUCGCAACCUUUGCGGUGGCGCUCAACUCGCUCAACGACUCACUGCCGGCGUCCCUCUUCUCGCUCUCCAACCUGCAGCUUCUCAUGCUGGGGCGCAACCAGCUAACGGGAGUGCUACCGGCGACUGUGGACGGGCUCAAGUCGCUCAAAGCACUGGAUGUGAGCAACAACCGCUUCUACGGAGCCAUGCCUGCAGCGCUCGCCACUCUCUCCAACCUCGUUCACCUCGACCUAAGCCGCAAUGCCUUCACAGGAACACCUCUCAGCACCUUCUCCUCGCAGUCCCUCGCAUCCACCUCCCAAGCCGUGUACGACCUCAGCUCCAACUACUUCACAACCCUCCCCUCCUCUUUCUCCGCCAAGUCCUCCCCCUUCUGCCCCGCGGACCUCACCGGCGGGUUCUCCUCCGCCAAUCUCCUGCCAUUCGGCGCCACGGCCACCAGCAGCCUGCGCGACAACUGCUUCCUGGCCGGCGACUGGAACUACUCCCAGAGCUACGUGCACCGCGGGAGAGGCUGGGGCCGCGGCGGCAGCAACAGCGACAGCGGCAGCAGCAGCAGUGGGAGUAGCAGCUCGGGAUGCGAGGCGGAGGAUCAGAAGCGGCCAGUGGAGUGCGUGUCGUUCUGCGGUGCGGCUUUAGCAGCGGGGCCGUGCGGGGGCCUGGGGAUGUGCGUGCUUGACGGGCCGUCGUACGUGCCGGCGUGCGUGUGCAACAACGGCAUGUACAACGUUAUUCUCUCUGUCACCGUUGGUUCUUCUACUGUCACCUACCCCUCCUGCUCGCCAAACCCCGGCACGCCCCCCCCUCCCGCUCCACCUCCCAUUGACAGCACGGAGCGUCGCAAGAGAGGGUACCGUGGGGUUGUGUUCACGGGGACAGCGCCCGCGCUGCCAUCAGGCACCUACAGCAACAAGUAUUUCCGCCAUCUGUCCAAGGGCUUCACCGGCAACUACUCCUCGCCCACCUGGAACCUCACCAACGCCGUUGACUGGCGCGCCGUCAUGCCCUCCCCGCUGCUCCCCGCCAAGGACCAAGGCCUCUGCUCGGCUUGCUGGGCGUUCGCGCCAGUGGCGGCAACAGAGGCCCUGUACGGGAUAACAUACGGCGCAGCAGCACCCAACGUGUCAGAGCAGCGCGUGGUGGACUGCCAGGGCCAGUGGAGCUGCGCGGGCGGCUACCCCGCCCACGCCUUCAACUACAUUGCUUCCAGCGGCGGCCUGCCGCUCGCUGUCAACUACCCCUACACUGGCAUCUACUCGCCCUCGUCCUGCCGGACCGUCUCUCGCCGCUCCACCAAGCGCAACGUGCGCUUCCUGCUCAGCCUUGAUGACCCGCUGCUGCCCACACAGGCACAUGCAGAUGCAGAUGCAGAGCCAGCGCCACAGCCAGCCGCAGCGCGGCGACUAUCCUCAGCGCAGGCGGCAGCAGCGCGUCACAGCAGCACGCGCGGGGUGGUGGUGGCGCGCGCGCGGUUCUCGGAGGCGCAGCUGUCCACGGGCCCGUUCAGCAUCGCGUCGUACGAGCAGGUGUCCGUGCCCGGCUGGAUGGGCAUGGCGCUGGCUGUGCAGCAGCAGCCCGUCGUGGCGUAUGUGGAGGCGGACCAGGAGUCCUUCGUCUCCUACCCCGGGGGCUUCACGUACAACGACCCGGCGUGUUUCGCCAACCAGGUGGUGAACCAUGCGGUGGUCAUCGUGGGCUAUGACCUGCUGGCAGCGCCGCCGCUGUGGAUCGUGCGCAACUCCUGGGGCGCGGGCUGGGGCGACCAGGGCUACAUGCAGCUCGCCAUUGCCGGGGGGAGUGGCGUGUGCGGCGUCAACACCAUGCCCGCCAUCUACCCCACCAUCGUCGGCUCCGACCCGUGCGGGCCCAUCAACCCGUGUGGGGGCGGCACAUGCAAGGCGACGGUGGGGGCAGCUAGCAAGAAGCAGGUGAACACGUGCACGUGCCCGGACAACUUCAUCCCUGUUACCAACAUCGACAAGACGCAGACCUGCGCUCCUGCCAAGGUGUGUACGUUCUACGCAAUCAACCCGUGUGGGUUUGGCACGUGUGUGGACAAUGAUGCGGGCGGGUACUCGUGUCUGUGCUCCACGGGGUUCACUCAGGGCAUGCGCACCGACGGCACUGUCACCUGCGUCCCUGCAACCAAAGCUACCAACACGGUGUCGCUGCCCGCGGCCAUGACGUGCGACCAAGUGCGCUCCACCUACUCGCUCUCCAUGUCUGCCUUCCGCCUCCUCAACCCCAAGCUCAAGUGUCCGGGAGUGUUCAAGGCGGGCACGACCAUCACAGUGCGCCCGGCCAGCAGCAACACCUCCCCCAGCGCCAUCACCGCCUGCACCGUGCCGCUCACCAUGAACCAGGGCGACACGUGUGAGUGGGUGCAGAGCAUGUUUGGGAUCACAGCAGCGGACCUAGCAGCACUGAACCCCGACCUCAACUGCACACAGCUCGUGCCCGGCCAACAGCUGUGCAUGGAUCAGGGCACGCCACUGCCGCUGUCGUGCACGAGCUAUUACACGGUCAACCCGGGGGAGACGUGCUUGGACGUCAUGGCAAAGGCACAGCCGCCCAUCACAGCGCUGCAGCUCUACUCCUACAACCCCGGGAUCAUCUGCUCUGCCGACUCCUCACAACGCCUCGUGGGCCAGCAGCUCUGUGUGGGCAGCCUACCGCUGAUUGGAGCGUCAUGCUACUAUGGCACAUACACAGUGGUCCGUGGAGACACGUGUGCGACGGUGGUGUGCAAGGUAUUCAAGUGCUCCUACUCCCUCAUGUACUACUACAAUCCCGGCUUCACUUGCACUACCUCAACCCUGUGGGUGGGUAGGGUUCUCUGCAAGCCCAAGCCGUAG